UCCCCGAACCUGCGUGCCGUGUGCUGGUGGGGACUAACCACAUCCCUGUCGCGAUGGAGCCCACCUUCACUCGAGCUCUCCCCCACCAAUGCGCGAUGCCCCGCCAUAUGCACCGGCUUCACGACGCGAAUCGAUAGAUAUGAAAGCUCUCGGUAUACUGGAUCUUCGCAGAGUCGGAAAUCUCACGACAUCCGAGGAAACACCCCACCUUCCAUAGCACCCUUCGUUUACCUCAACCACCGUGCCUGCCAUGAGCUCCGAAUCUCGCGUCGCGCUCAUCACCGGCGCCGCCUCGGGCAUGGGUCUCGCGCUGGCUAAAGACCUCCUGGCCAAAGGCUGGCGCGUCGCCCUCCUCGACGUCUCACCCGCGGGAGCCUCCAUCACGGCCGAACUCGGUGCCUCGGCAACCUACUUCUACUGCGACGUUUCCUCGUGGGAGUCGCAAGCCGCCGCGUUUUCCGGCACGUUCGAGAAGUGGGGUCGCAUCGACUUCACUGCCCUCAACGCGGGCAUCGAUGAUAAGGACGACCUCUUCGGCCCCACGGGCGACGAGAACGGGCAGCCUGUAAAGCCCGGGCUCAAGACUGUCGCCGUUGAUCUGAUCGCCGUGUUCUACGGUAUCCGACUGGCAAUGCAUUACUUCCGCAAGCAUGAAGGCCGCGGUGGCAAGAUCGUCAUCACGAGCUCAGAUGCCGGAUUGUACCCGUUGAUUGGAGUGCCGCAGUACACCGCGUGCAAGCAUGGGCUGGUGGGACUCACCCGGUCGAUGGCGCCGCUCUUGAAGAAAGAGAACAUCACCAUCAAUGCGGUGCUUCCGGCGUUCGUACCGACAGGUCUUGCUCCUCCCGGCCUGGUCAAGGCCUGGCCAAAGGAGAAUGUCACGCCGAUGAGCACCGUCAUCAAGUGCUUCAACAUGUUUAUCGAUGACGAUGAACUCAAUGGGCAGACGGGAGAAUGUAGUCAGGAGACAGUGUAUAUGAGGAAGCAGGCCGAGUAUGCCAAUGAGAGUCAGCGGUGGGGGAGGGAGGAGGGCGGGAAGGUGUGGGCUUUGGUUUAUCCUGGUUAAGGGCUUUUAUUCUGCA